GGAUUGUUAAACCUUUACCAACCAAGCAAGCUCACGAUGGCACUCACACGCCAUUGCUCCGAAGCGCCCCUCGAAGAUUCUCGUCAUCCUAGUCGCGUUUUGCAUAAAGCGCCCCCGCCCGACCCAUGAAGACGCUUUCCUCUCUCUUCAUCGCCAUCAUCGCAAUCGCACUUGCAGUCUACAACAACGAGUACAUGCUCUCGAGACUUACACAGUCACUGAAGCACGUCACCUCCCUCGCAAAGACUACAAAGCCCUUCUACAACGCCACCGAGGAUAUGUCGACCAUGUUCCGCGGACUGCCCGUCAUCCCCGACGAGAAGUUCACCACCGAUGCGCCCCGCAAGAUCGCAAAGUCCUUCCUUGCCGUUGAGCAAUCUGAAGGCGCAGGAGCGAAAGUGAGGAGGAGUGUUGGCACUCCCAAACUUCGCAAUUUCUCUCCAUUCCUCAUGCUCGACCACUUUGCCAUUCCACCAGGCGCAGGUUUCCCUGAUCACCCACACCGAGGCCAAGAAACCAUCACAUACCUCCUCUCCGGCGCCGUCGACCACGAAGACUUUGCCGGAAACAAGGGAACCAUCGAGCAGGGCGACCUGCAAUUCAUGACAGCCGGUCGCGGCAUCGUCCACGCCGAGAUGCCGCGCCAAAAUGAGGACGGCGCGCCCAACGUCGGAAUGCAACUCUGGGUCGACCUGCCCAAGGAGCUGAAGUCAUGCGAACCCCGCUACCGCGACCUACGAGCGAAGGAGAUCCCGGAGACAACCGCGGACAACGGCAAGGUACAUGUCAAGGUCAUCAGCGGACAAGCCUACGGCACCGAGAGUCUGAAGGAACUGGCAUACACACCCGUAUGGCUACUCGACUUCACAGUCCAGCCCGGCGGCAAAGUCAAGCAGCCCCUACCCAAGGGCUGGAACGCCUUCGCAUACCUCCUCAACGGCACCACCAUCUUCUCGUCCGACGGCGUAUCCCGACCCAUCGAACAAUACCACAACGUCGUUUUCGAGAGCAACGGCGACAGCAUCGAAGCAUCUGUAGAAGAGGGUGCUGAGAAGCCAUCGAGGUUCAUUCUCGUCGCUGGUCUGCCGCUCGACCAGCCCAUCGUACAAUACGGACCCUUUGUUGUCACAUCAAGAGACGAGGUCAUGCAGGCUAUGAUGGACUACCAGAGCCAUUCGAAUGGCUUCGAGAGGGCGAACAACUGGGAAAGUGAGAUUGGGAAGAGCAUGGUGCAUUGAGAUGCUUAGUGCUGGUAACUCUUAUUUUCUUAACAUCCUUUUCUGUAUAUACCAAAUCAUGAUUCCUUUAUUCCUACUCUCACAGCAUUCUCCACUAUCCCAUUCGCUGUCUCAUUCCCAUUCUGAUCUACAAUCAAUAAUGCUGCCGUUAAUUCCCCAAGAACGAUACCACGCUGAGCAAACAUUGUCUCAUGACAUGUCUCGUGCGCUCUGCGAUUGUCUCGCCUGUUCGCCACUAGGUCUCCAAAUAUCCUACCGAAUUAAUGCCUCAUCUGUUUCCUUCACAAAAUCCACUAGACCUUCACUUACACCGUUCUUUACUCAGUGUAUUCAAGAUACAUCCCAAUGUCAGAAUCAUCUACCACUCAAACCUCAUCG